UAGGAACAAGCGUAGAUGGAGGAAAGAAAACAAGAAAGAGAUAAAUAUGAACAAUUGCGCAGACCUACGCCCCUAACAGAACCAAAUAUGACUGAGAGUGAAAAGAAAACUACCUCUGAUGGCGAAUUUGAUGAACAUGGUUACUGGAUCAAUCGGUGGACCACUAAAAAUAUUCCUUUCCACCAGGAAGAAAUGCACGUAUCACUUGAGAAACACUUGGACAAAUUUAUUGAUGGAAGAAAUGGAAUAAAAAUUUUCUUUCCCCUCUGUGGGAAAUGUGUAGAUAUGAAAAAAUUAGCAGAUAAAGGGCACAAUAUUGUUGGAGUUGACAUUGCUGAACAAGCUUUACAGGAAUUCUUUACAGACCAGAAUUUGGAAUAUACUGUUGAAGAAUUAAAGGACAACACAGGAAAACUCUUUGCAAGCAAAGAUGGAAAGAUCAAACUAUAUUGCAUGGAUUUGUUUAAAUUUUCAAAGGAUUUUGAAGGGCAGUUUAAUGCUAUUUGGGAUCGAGGAGCUCUUGCUGCUAUCAUCCCCAAAACCAGAAUAAGGUAUGCCCAGGUGAUAAGAGAAUUACUUUCCCCUGACUGUCACUAUAUGAUUGCCGCAAUGCAGUAUGACCCUUCAUUAUUUCCAGGUCCCCCCUACAAUGUUACUGAAGAGGAUAUCCAAAAUUUAUAUGGUGAUAUGUGCAGCAUUGAAGAAAUUGAUGAAAAUGACUAUGCUCCAAAGUUCAAAGAUUUGGGAUUGGAUGUGAUAUUUGAACGGAUCUACUUUUUGAAAAUUAAAUGAAGAUCCCUCCAACACUGAUAUGGCCUUUUACCCUUUUAUAUAUUCACAUUGACUCAACCAGAUAUACUUCUACUUCUCUGGAACUGGAUUUGUACCAAGGAAAAAAAUCUAUACCAUUUUAUUUUCCCUUCACUGAAGUUAAACAUGUUUCUCUCUCUCUCACACACACACACACUCAUACACACACACACACACCACACACCCAUACACACACACUAGGCAGCCUUUGUAUAUUCUUUUCUCAGUAUGCUCAGUAAAAUCGAUGAUGCUAGAAAGGUAUCCAGCCAUAGAAACCAUACCGAACCUGAGGCACUGGAACAAGACGUGGUCCGCUGGUCCAUUCAGUCGAAUCUAACCAAUUGCAGUAUAAAAAGUAAAUGUGAAAAUUAUGGGGACAGUGUUGAUAGCAGUGAUAACAAUAAUUAUGACAACAUGAAAUUUUUUUCUUUAUUUAAAAAUAUGAAUAACAUUUAAAAACCAUUUAUUUUCUAAUUGUCUAUUAAUCAUAAUACUGUAAAAUAGUACAAAUGUACAAAAUAUGUGGAACGAUCUGCAAUUAUACAAUUUUUUUUUUUUAUCCUAGUUUUGUAUAAAUAAAUACAAAAUGUUUAAAUAACAAGAAAAGCUUUACAUUAUUCAAGAAUUGUAUACAAAUAAAUCAUUUGAAUUA